CAGCCCUGAUUUGCUGGGGAGCCGCGGAGGCUCGCUCUGGGCAGAGCCGGGCUGCGCUGCCGCUGCUGACGCGUGGCCGCCGCCGGGAGCAGCCCCGGUGCCCCCCCCGCCCCGCUGCGCGCCCCCUCGCUCCGCUCCGCUCCGCGCCGCUCCGCGCCGCCGCCGCCGCCAAGAAUAACCAACCAUGACUACAGAAUCGGGGUCAGAUUCGGAGUCCAAGGAUAAAGAGCAGGAUCAGCAGGAGGCCCCAGCGCAGCAGGGCACCGCAGAGCCGCAGCCGCAGGACCAGCAGCAGCUGAGUGAAGAGCACCAAAACGCCCUUGAGCAGUUUUCGGCUGUGGCAGCCCACAGCACACCUGUGAAAAAGGAGCAGGCCACAGACAAAGAACAGGAGCUAGCUGCUGCAAGUGCAAAACAGCUGGAGUACCAGCAGUUAGAGGACGACAAGCUCUCUCAAAAAUCAUCAUCUAGCAAACUUUCCAAGUCUCCUCUAAAGAUUGUGAAGAAACCUAAAAAUAUGCAGUGCAAAGUGAUGCUCCUGGAUGGAUCUGAAUAUGCAUGUGAAGUAGAGAAACGUUCCAGAGGUCAAGUGCUAUUUGACAAAGUGUGUGAGCAUCUGAACCUUUUGGAAAAGGACUACUUUGGGCUAACGUACAGAGACACAGAAAACCAAAAGAAUUGGUUGGACCCUGCCAAGGAAAUCAAAAAGCAGAUCCGAAGUGGUGCUUGGCAGUUUGCAUUUAAUGUGAAAUUCUACCCUCCAGACCCUGCCCAGCUAUCUGAAGAUAUUACCAGGUACUACCUCUGCUUGCAGCUGAGAGAUGACAUUGUCUCUGGUCGGCUGCCCUGCUCUUUUGUCACGCUUGCUCUCCUGGGCUCCUAUACUGUGCAGUCGGAGCUUGGCGAUUACGACCCCGAUGAAUACGGCAGCGACUAUGUCAGUGAAUUCCGCUUUGCACCAAACCAUACUAAAGAACUGGAAGACAAAGUCAUUGAGUUGCACAAAAGCCACAGGGGAAUGACACCGGCAGAGGCUGAGAUGCAUUUCCUGGAGAAUGCCAAAAAAUUAUCAAUGUAUGGAGUAGAUCUCCAUCAUGCCAAGGAUUCUGAAGGAGUGGAAAUCAUGUUAGGUGUUUGUGCAAGUGGUCUCUUAAUAUAUCGAGACAGACUGAGAAUAAAUAGAUUUGCCUGGCCAAAGGUUCUGAAAAUUUCAUACAAGAGGAACAACUUCUACAUCAAAAUCCGACCAGGGGAGUUUGAGCAGUUUGAAAGCACUAUUGGGUUUAAGUUGCCAAAUCAUCGUGCUGCAAAGCGCUUAUGGAAAGUGUGUGUUGAACACCAUACAUUUUUCAGGCUUCUGCUGCCAGAAGCACCUCCAAAGAAAUUCCUCACGCUGGGCUCCAAAUUUCGCUACAGUGGUCGAACACAGGCCCAGACUAGAAGAGCCAGUGCACUAAUAGACCGCCCUGCACCUUAUUUUGAGCGUUCUUCUAGUAAACGUUAUACUAUGUCUCGGAGCUUAGAUGGUGCGUCAGUGAAUGAAAACCAUGAAAUGUACAUGAAGGAUUCUGUGUCCGCUGCAGAGGUUGGUACUGGCCAGUACGCCACAACAAAGGGCAUCUCGCAGACCAACUUGAUAACCACUGUGACGCCAGAGAAAAAGGCAGAGGAAGAGAAAGACGACGAAGAGGGCAGAAAGAAGAGAGCAGAGGAAAUCACCCCGGUCUCCACAGUACGCCAUGACACAAAGCCAUCUUUGCUUGGCGCUGACUCAUUCCCGUCCUCCCCAUCCUCCCAGUGUGGUGGUCCCCAUGCAUCUUCAGCAAAGCUGCGCAGGAGAUGCAAGGAGAGCGCUCGAAAAUCAGUAGGUUGUGAGUCACCUAAAGAGAGUGCUCAAAAGCACGGUGAGUCAGACCUGGACUCUGAAAGAAAAGGGAGAGUGUGCUCUGCCGAACAAGACAUGGCUUUUGGCUAUAAGCAGAAAGCUGGUAAAGGUGGAACGUUGUUUUCCUUCUCCUUGCAACUUCCAGAGUCAUUCCCUUCUCUCCUGGAUGACGAUGGCUACCUGUCGCUCCCCAACCUCUCCGAAACCAACCUCCUGCCUGCCAGCGUGCAGCAUUACCUUCCCAUCCGCUCCCCCUCCCUCGUGCCUUGCUUCCUCUUCAUCUUUUUCUUUCUGCUCUCUGCCUCUUUCUCAGUGCCAUAUGCCCUCACUCUCUCCUUCCCUCUGGCUAUGUGCCUCUGCUACCUGGAGCCCAAGGCGGCCUCCUUGAGUGCCUCACUUGCCAAUGACCUGAGUGACAGUUCAGAGGAAGAGACUGACAGUGAGCAGACGGAUACCGCAGCCGAUGGUGAGACCACUGCCACCGAGUCGGAUCAAGAGGAAGAUGGAGAUCUAAAGGCACAGAAUAGUCUGAUUAAGCGAAUACAGGGUGAAAAUGUGUAUGUCAAACAUAGUAAUCUUAUGUUAGAGGACCUAGACAAAACCCAAGAAGAUGUGAUGAAACAUCAGACCAAUAUAAGUGAGCUGAAACGAACCUUCUUGGAAACCUCCACAGAAACAUCUGUGUCCAAUGAGUGGGAGAAGAGGCUUUCCACAUCUCCGGUUCGGCUUGCAGCAAGGCAAGAGGAUGCUCCUAUGAUUGAACCACUAGUGCCUGAAGAGACCAAAGAAGAAAGAGAAAAAUCAGAAAAACUCAUAUUUUUGCAGAAGGGAGGUACUACAUUCCUUGAAUUGCAGCCAAGUGUGAUAGAGAAGAAGCUGCAGGAAGGAGAAUCUGCUGGCACUUUGGUUACUUCUCAUCAAAUCAUUAUCCAGAAAAGUAUACCAUCAUCCAUAGAGGGCACUGAGGAUUGGGUUGUUGUAGACAAAGUACCCUCUGAGGUAGUUGAUGGUGAAUCGAAAAGAAAAGUGGCAUACAAAGUAGUGACUGUGAGCAGUAAAGCUGGCAUUGCACCUGAGAUAUUAAAAUCCAGUACCAUUUUAAUGCAGAGCUUUGAGGACUUGGAAAGUGACGUACAAUCCAAAGAGGAGAAUAAGCAGAAAAUGUACACCCUAGGCAAGUCCUAUGAUACCGUUUCCGGGAAAAUUGUAACCAUGACGAGUAAAGUUAAAGAGGGAGAGAAACCAGUACAGCCUUCACUAGAAGCUUUUGAAAAAAUGGAAAGAGAAGUGCAAGAAUCUGUGAAAAUCAUUCCAGUAGUGGCUGAGUAUGAGAUCCUAGAGCCUGUCACUGAUGAAAAAGCCGAGAGGGGAGCCGACGUGCAGAGCACAGAAAGGAAGCCGUCCGACUCCUUAACACCUAUAAAGGAAGCAGUAUCGCAGUUGCAAAGUCCCGAAGAGAAGAGUUUGACAAAGACACUAACAACGGACAAGGAUUUGCAAUUACAUGGUACUCUGGGAAGUUUGCAGCUUGGCAAAGCAGAAGGACACCUUGACAGUGAAGCUCUAAAAGCAGGGGCCUUUGUCCGGAGAGAUAAGAGCGUGUCUGAGUGGAGAUAUUCCAGAGAACGGCCAUUUACCAUUGCUACUGCUCACUAUAUUACUGAGUCGUCCGCAUCAAAAGUAGUGACUAAGCAGUCCAGCGGUGAAAAAACCUUGGAUGGUUCAGAUAUCUUCAGUUUAAUAGAGUCCGCCAGAAAACCAACUGAGUUCAUAGGAGGGGUUACUUCUACUUCACAUAGCUGGGCUCAGAGAACAGAGACAAAGACAUCUCAGGAGAUAGGUUCCAGUGAAAUGAAGACAACAGCUCAGCCACAGCAGGAGACAGUGAAGAAGGUUGUUCAGGAGACUGUCGUGGUCGAGGAGAGACACGGGCUGAAUGUGCAUGCGAGUGGGGAUCCCGCAAAAGUGGCUGGACUUGCGCCAGAUGCUCACGCUCAGGCAGCGUCCGCUGCGGCUGCUGUCCUGAAAGGGAAGGAGGCCUCUGCUGUGACUGAGGGGGCUAAAGAGGAGAAUAGGGAGGAGGCUGAGAAAGCCGUAACCAAACAGGAAGGAAUUGCUGCUGCUACUUCUCGCGAGCAGGAGGAGCAGCACGGUACAACAGUGCAUGUUUCAGAUUCAUUGGAAAGAAAACCUCAUUUCGAGUCGCCAGUUGUGAAGACUGAGACUAUCAGUUUUAGCAGUGUUUCUAGUGGUGGGGAAAACCUUGAAAUUGCAACCAAGGAAGUGCCAGUAGUCCAUACAGAAACAAAAACCAUUACGUAUGAGUCAUCACAGGUGGACUGUGGUGCUGAUUCAGAACCAGGCGUAUUAAUGAGUGCACAAACUAUCACAUCUGAAACUACCAGCACUACAACCACUACACAUAUCACCAAAACUGUGAAAGGAGGCAUCUCAGAGACAAGAAUUGAAAAACGAAUAGUCAUCACAGGAGAUGCAGAUAUUGAUCAUGAUCAGGCGCUGGCUCAGGCAAUUAAAGAAGCCAAAGAGCAGCACCCUGACAUGUCAGUGACCAAAGUAGUGGUACAUAAAGAAACAGAAAUCACACCAGAAGAUGGGGAGGAUUGACCACAGGAAUAAUUUAGAUUGCAUAUGAAUCCAGACAUGCACACCAGUAGGAAUACGAGAGCCUAUAUGGAGUCUCAGUUCCAACCUGACUGACUUGUAUCUGUCUGUGGAAAUUUUCAGUACAGAAGAAUUGAUUUUGACCAUUGAUAAAGAAACUGGCAGAGAUAUCUUCCUCUAGAAAGCAAUCUGAAUCAGCAUCAGUUAAACAAUAUUGCAUGAAGCAACAAUAAAAUUACAAAAAAGCAGCAUUUUUAAUUUUCUUAAAAUGUCUAAGUUUUCAGCUAUACCUGCACGUUCAUAAACAAUAUAAACAGUGAUCUCAUGUAACACAUAAACAAUUCAUGCCUUUUCACAGUUUAUGAAAGUCUAAACAAAUUAAAAUUUGUUAGGUGGCAAGCCUUUUGUUUACAGAUAUUGUAAAUGAAGAUUACCCCAAAAUGCUAGAAGCUGUAUAGGUACUGUGUAUAAUGUUUUACCACACAUUAGAUGUGCCAAUAACACAGUUUAUUCAGUAAACAACUUGAAUCCUGUAUUUGUUUCAUCUGGUUUUAUUACUGCCCGAUAAACAAUGAUGAAUCUUUACUCUUAUCAAAAUAUUUAAAGGCUUACAAAGUGUGCUUUGUAUACCUGACUGAAUACCUUAUGAGGUAGUAAUGAUUUUAGCAUAUUAACUUUAAUGAUUUUUGUCAGCACUGUUCAGAGUCCAGCUUCCAGUCACCCUUCACAGAUCCUAACCUUGUAAAUUAUAUGUAGUUAUUUUGGAAAAAUCUGUAUUUUACUUAGUUUGCAGCAUUAGAAAAUAAUUAAUCUGAAAUAACCGUGAUGGUUUUCUAUUGAUUUCCCUUUUGUUCUCAGAGGAAAAAAACACAUCUGUUUGAGAAUCUGGUCAGCAUUUACUAUCUAGUUCAGAAUCAAGCCUUAACCUGUACAGAACAUCCACUGAAAACUCAUUAGUGUUCAGCUAUAAUACCCACUGAGGGGAUAGAGUCCAUUACACUGUCAGCUGCAUCACAACAUAUGGUGAAUGUAUGUUUCUGCAUAGUGAAAUAAAAGUGGUAAAUGCAUCCAAAAUUGUAUUGUUCUGUGUCUAAAAGAACCUGCUGUUUUUAUAUUGAAAACAUUAAGCUACAUUUGUAAGAUAUCACAGGUUUUAUUCAUCUGCACAGUAGACACGUUUUGUCUUCAGUGGCUGACACUACACUGCGCAGACAGCUGGAGUUAGCAGAGGACCCAAAGGGAUGACAGUGUUCACCUUUGGGUAAAUGAUGUUUGCAAAGGAAAAGGAAUAUUUGGUUUCUUCUGUUUUCUGUAGUUGUCUACUGUGUUUCACUAAGGCUACAUGAAGGAUUUUGUGGUUGCCUAGAAAGUAAAGGGCCAGUAGCAUUUGAUCCAGAUCCAUUCUCUUUUUGUGAUUUUGCUCUGAAACAUGGAUAAAAUUUUCUCUUCAAAGCAGUCCUGACAUUUCUGUUCCUAUUUUUUGCUCCCAUACCACAUUUUGUUGGUAAUUCAAGAGAAGAUCAUAAGAAUUAUGACCCUUCAAUCUGUAUUUCCUUGCAGGAUUGCAAGAAAUGGAUACAAGCAAAUUUUUCAGGACAUAAAGGGCCAAAUUUGCCCUUCAUUGUUUACAAAGGGUUCCCUCACAUUGGAGUCAAUGGAUUCGGCUUCAGUGGAGAGCCAGAUUUGGCCCAGUGACUUGUUAUAAAUGUUUAUUUUCUUAAUUUAGAAAGAAAAAUAGUAUAUAUAGAGAAAAUAACCUGUAGAUAAUAAUAACUAAAAGUAAUAUCUCAAGGCUUUUAAAGCUUUGCCCUUAGACUCUAAAAUAUCUUCCUUCAACCAGCCAUUCUUCAUGCCUUUAAUCCAGAAUGCUAACUAUAUAACUUUCCUAUACUGCAGUCAUUGCUUACCUCCUGCCUAAUAAAUAAUGCAAAGACUACAGUCUUUUGUAAUCUCUGAUUUACCUCUUCUCUUCCUAAUCCUUCAGAUUUGUAAAAAAGCAUCCAUAUUCUGUGCCUUCUCAGUGAAGGUAGAAUCAGUUUUCUUCUGCUGCCAGUGCCGCCCCCCCCCCCCCCCGGCAGUCGUAGAUGGAAGAGGUGCCCACCCUAUUUCUCAGCGGACCAUGUUCCAGGUUCUUGCUACUGCAUCAGGAGUUUAAAAAUAGACUCUGAAGCCAUAAUAUUCUUCCCUCAGGUGUCCCAUAUGUUGUCAGCUAAGAAACAGCAUUAUAUUACCUCAGAGAGAUGUGAGGCUAUUAUAUUGCCUUCUCUCCAGAGUUAGCAUUAUAUUUUAGCACGGCUUGAGGAGAUUGCACUUUGGUGAUACUGCACAGUAUGUAUGCUGUCUAAAGAUACUGUCUCUUAAGAAGUUAGUCUCCUUGGAAAGGAUGCUCACAGCUAAGAAAUAGCCUAAGCGUAUGCAAAAUACAAGAAGAUUAGAAUGGACAGGCAACAACAUCUCAGUGCCACUGUUGGCAGUAGACCCUUGUUUGGGGAAUGGUUCCUGGGAGUGAUAGUUUUGGUUUUUGUUAGAAACUGUUUCUUGGGUUGUCUGCCUAAUGCUGUGCCACAUGAAAUAAAGAACACCUGCCUGUUUCUACCAACUA